AUGUCUUCUGCUGGAGCUGUGGCUCCCUCAGCCGGUGGUGGUAACGCGGGAGGGGAUCAACAGCAGGCAACAGACUGGAAGCGGACGAUCUUGAAGGGUCUGGCCAUCUACUUUUUCAUCAAUACGGCAACGCAGCUCCUAGCGCCUAAGCCACCACAGUCAGCAAAGACGGGUGACGCGACCGCACCUCGGCCAGCGCAGGAGCCGCCCGCUUGGCUUCAGAAGCUCGGAGCACCAGCAGGACCACCUCCUGUCCUCACGCCUCCAUUGCUGAGAGUGCCAAAGAAUGCUUCAUCGCAGCCCUUGUGGCCUUCGACCAGCGAGCUCGACUUCUACGUCUUCCUCUCGCAUUCGGCGGCGCCCAGUGUGGAGGACAUUGGCACUCAACUCUCCCCUUUGGCGCCAGGAAGCCAUCGCGCUCCUGCUCUUGACCAAGUCGUUUCGUUCGACCUGUACCCCACGUUGCAUGACAGCUACGCGGCGCCUGGACAGCAUACAGUCGUGACGUCGAUUCGAGAGGGAGCCCUGCCCAUCAUCAAGUUCGGGUCGCUCGCGCUCAAUGAUACUCGCCUGAAUGCCGGGCUGGUCGCCGACAUCAACAUCGCAACGCCGCCCGAGGUCAUGUACAACAAUGGCUCGCUGUGGGCGGACGUCGUUGCCGUGGGCAGCGGCAUGGAUCAUCGCGAGGGAAGAAGACUGCUGGGCAGCGAGGCAGGCAAGGACAGCAGCGAGGAGCACGACGAGGAUCUGAUGAUGGGCGAGGACGGCGUGCUUCGCAACGAGACUUCGUCCAAGCAGAUCAUCACCUACUGGCAUCGCAACCUGACCCUGGCUCUACCGCACCAAGACGUCACACCCGGCAUACAAGUAGGCGCUAUCCCCCCGCCUCUCCUCCAGCACGUUCACCUCGCCACCAAUCCAGACGGCAGCGUCAUGCACUCGCAAACCGUCGACGGUCGAGUAGACGAGACUCGGAUGUGGAACUAUCCAGUCAUCUUCGCCAACACAUUCUGGGACUUGCGCGAGGACAUGAACCCGAUCAAUGCUACAACGCCUGUGCUGCCAUUGCACAUCUCGCUGUACUCGACGUCAUGGUUCAAGUUCCAGCUACUGGCCGCCAUGAGCGAUUCUUUCGAAAAGCAGCCGGGCAUGGCGAGUGGGGAGAUCGACAUCAUCAAGCAUACGCUGCAGAACACGAGUCCGUGGUACCUCGCCCUGACGCUAAUUGUCACUUUGACCCACGCCUUGUUCGAAUAUUUGGCGUUUGCAGGCGAGGUCCAGUUCUACAGAAAAAAGGAGAACUUCGUCGGCGUAUCUCUGGGCUCAAUCAUGACCAACAUCGUGACACAAACGAUUAUCCUGCUCUACCUCUUUGACUCAUCCGAAGAGACAUCUUACAUGAUCCUCGGCUCCCAAGCGGUGGGAGUAGUCAUAGAGGCCUGGAAGCUCACCAAAGCAGUCACCGUCACACUCGUUCGCUCGCCACCGGGCAGUCGGCUGCCGUAUCGUCUCGAGGUGAGGGACAAGUACGUCCCAACGCCGGACGAUCUCAAGACAAAGGAGUACGACAGACAAGCUUUCAAACUCGUCUCAUACUUCACUGGCCCGCUCCUUGUGGGGUACACGAUCUACUCUGCCUACUAUGAGACGCACAGAGGAUGGUGGAGCUUCGUCAUCGGGACACUCACCUCAUUUGUCUACGCCUUUGGUUUCAUCGCGCUGGUGCCGCAGCUCAUUAUCAACUACCGCCUCAAGAGCGUCGCAGGGAUGCCGCCAAAGACGCUUGUGUACAAGAUUCUCAACACCUUUGUGGACGAUCUGUUCGCAUGGGGGAUCGUCAAGAUGCCGAUUCUGCAUCGCUUGGCUACUUUGAGAGAUGAUGUAGUCUUCUUCAUCUACCUCUACCAGUGGUGGGCGUAUGGCGUCGACAAGAAGAGAGUCAACGAGUUCGGACAGAAGCUCGAUGAUGGCGAGACGGAUGAGGGUGAGAAGGCAGGAGACCGAAAGGCCAUCGAGAGCAAGUCGGAGACGAAGAAGGAUCAGUAG